GUGACAGCCGCGAGCCGGCUGCGCUCCCAGCGGACGAGGUUCAGGGAUGCGCGAGCGCAGAUUCGCUUGGCCCAGGGCCUUCCCGGCUGGGAUCCCGUUGCGCAUGCGCACCGCCCUCUGGACUUGCACCUGCUUAGAGUCUGCUGUUCGAUCCGAUACCCGACUUGAGCAUCGUGCACCCAGCCAUGACAGCCCAUUCCUUUGCCCUCCCUGUCAUCAUCUUCACCACAUUCUGGGGCCUCAUCGGCAUCGCUGGGCCCUGGUUCGUGCCCAAAGGACCCAACCGCGGGGUGAUCAUCACCAUGCUGGUAGCUACUGCUGUCUGCUGUUACCUCUUCUGGCUCAUCGCCAUCUUGGCCCAGCUGAACCCCCUGUUUGGGCCACAACUGAAGAAUGAGACCAUCUGGUAUGUUCGUUUCCUGUGGGAGUGACCCCUGGCAGUGACCGGCUGGCUUCUAGCCCCAGAUGCCCUGCUGUGAAUGGUGACUGGCCCAGCCUUGAUGCCCCCCCCCCAGACCCUGCAUUCCCUCUGGCCCCACCCAUCAGUAUGACCAUUCUGUGCUCGCCCUGCCAGCGUGCUGUGGGAUCCAUACCCCCAGAGCCAACCCAAUUUCAGUUUCUGGUCUCAGUUUCUCCUGUGUUCCUAGCUAUUAGCAGCCCUCCAUUUUGGGCAAGCCCAGUGCUCCUGUCAGGCCACAGUGGGAGCUCACCUGAGCUUAAAUCCCCAUACUUGGCACUUCCCUCUCUCUUCCAGGCAGAUCCUGGCCGAGGAGCUGGACCUGCUGGGAUCGGUUUUCAUCCAGGGAGCAGAAGGCAGGACUCAGCCCAGUCCCAGAAAGGACUUGAGUCUUUGUGGAGAAGGGGCAUGUGGCCCCAAAUCUCCAAGCUUUUCAACUCUGUCUCCACCGUGUUGAAAUAUUGGGUCAGGGUCACAGGCCUCCUCCAGCUCUGAAGUGGAUUAUAUCCAUUCAGUCUUUAGUCUGAUGUCCUAAAGAAAACACCAAAAGCCCAGCACAGUCAGGAUCGAAACCUCCAUGUUUAGCCUUUAGCAGCAGGGAAGUCACUCGGCAUGGGAGGGAGGUGGUGUGUCUUUGGAAUGUUCUAGUCACUUUCCCUCAGUAGAUAAGAUCACUCACUCCCUAGGACCUGUCAGUUGAGGGUGCAACCCUUUUUGCCACUCUUCAUUGGGUUGUGGAGGGGCAGAUCCCAGAUCUGGUCCCAGUGCCAUUAAAGAGAUUUGGAGUUGAGGUUGGGGACAGACAAAGGUGACGUUUCUGGGGUACUACUAGCGCUAUGCCUCCCUGGCUUUUGAUACCCUCUGUCCCCAAGCUCAUAUGGCUCUGUGCCAAGCAGAAAAUGUAAACUACAGGGGCCCAGCCCAGGGCACUCCUCCAGCCCAUGCCCUCACCUGUCUGAGAGGGUGAGGAGGGCACUCUUGCCUGAGUUGUCAGGGGCAGAGGGACAGAGGCCUACACAAUCCAUGGCUCCUAACCAGUGGCUGUUUGAGUUCCCAGGGGAAGAAAGCACAGCCUUGAUUAUCUAUUGACUAUUUAUUUGGUCUCCCUCCCCUUAUAGGGGUCGUUUUUGGGAGUGGCAGGAAAUACACUAUAGCUCAAAUUGCUGGGCAUUAGGUGUGCCGGUGGCUCAGAUCUUCUGCUGGGGCCUCUAUGGGCCACCCAUCCCGUCCUACCCUGACUCCUGAAGCCUUCCUGUGGGGUGGGGCAUGGUGAGCAUGUCUCGUGUUGAAAAGCUGAUUCCUGUCUAAUAAAUCAUGGUGAUGCAAGAUUGGUUUAGUAGCCAAA